CGCAGGAAAAAAAUUAUUUUUCCUUCGAGCUACUGAUAAAGCCCCCACUAUCAUAUCAAACUGAACUUUUUUGUUGCAUCCCCAUCACAUCUACAACUUUGCGACAACAAUGGCACCCUCAAAAGAAGUUGUCGCUCCCGGCGCUGCCGCCGUCGCAGCAAUUGACCCUGAUCAGACCUUGAAAGCUUCAAAGGCUCUUCUCGCACACAUCAAGAAGGCCGCCAAGCAAAAGGCCGACGAGUCUGAAAAGCGCAAUCUCCUCGACGACGAUGAAGAUCCUACCACGACUCCCAUCUGGCUCAACCUGACGACCAAGCGCCACAUCGUCGACAAGGCGCGUCUCCAGCCCGGAAAGAUCUCCCUUCCUCACUCGCUCAACAACGAAGAGACCACCAUCUGCCUCAUCACCGCCGAGCCCCAGCGCGCCUACAAGAACAUUGUCGCCUCUGAGGACUUCCCCGCCGAGCUGGGCAAGCGCAUCACUCGUGUCAUCGACUACGGAAAGCUCAAGGCCAAGUACAGCCAGUACGAGGCCCAGAGGAAGCUCUUCGCCGAGGCGGAUAUCUUCCUCGGUGACGAUCGCAUCAUCAACAGAUUACCCAAGAUCUUGGGAAAGACCUUUUACAAGACAACGCAGAAGCGACCUGUCCCUGUUAACCUGCAGGCCAAGGCUCCAAAGGUCGAUGGAAAGCGCCAGAAGCGUGUCAAGACUGAGGGUACCGUCAACGCAGGCACUCCCGCCGAGAUCGCCAAGGAGGUUCAGAAGGCCGUCAACUCUGCAUUCGUCAGCCUGAACCCUUCAACAAACACCUCGAUCCGAAUUGGAUAUUCCGGUUGGACCGCCGAGCAGAUCGCCGAGAACGUCGAUGCCGUUGUCACCGGUAUGAUCGAGAAGUGGAUUCCCCAGAAGUGGCGCAACAUGAAGAGCAUCUACAUCAAGGGUCCCGAGACCACCGCCCUUCCCAUCUGGCUGACCGAUGAGCUCUGGGUCGACGAGAAGGACGUCAUUGCCGAGGGCGAGGCCGCCAAGGGUGAGAAGCCCAACAUUGGAAAGAAGCGCAAGUCUCUCGACAACACCGACGAGGCUGAGACCGCCGUCGCCCCUACGAAGAAGGCCAAGAAGCAGAAGCAGCUCCCAGAGGCCGACGACGGCAAGCUCGAUAAGCAAAUCUCGGACCGCAAGGCUCGGUUGAGGAAGCAAAAGGCAUCGGCCAGCAAGGCCAUUGACAACUGAAACGUGCAAUUCAAGGCAUCGGUGUUGAGGCGUUCGUUGAAGGGCGGAAAGCCCACAGAAUAGAAUUGUAGCUAUACUUGCAUUAACAACACAAUACAAUACAAUAUUGAUGGUCUUAUGCAUCUCUUGCG